AUGGCGUACACAGAAGACCAGCAGCAAAUUGGGCGUCAGCAUGAAAAGUCUUCUAAAUGGCUUAGACUAAAGAUCGUACGUGAGCGCUCCAAGCCAGAUCCUGACUUGGCGAUGUUAGCUGCUCUAUUGAAAGCCCACUGGCUUCUCAUCACCUCAGCUCUGGGCAAGAAGAAUGAGCAACGUCAUUCGAACUUGAGACAGGGUCAUAGAUCAAAAGGAACUGCGUCUCUGUGGUUUGAUACCGCGCAAUUCUACUUCGCGGCCAAUAUGUUCGGCCUUCUGAAGGGUCAGACAACAUGUGUGGUUUCCCCUCGUGUCCUCUUGUCCUGUAUGAACACCUGGGAAGAAACACAGGCGUGGAGUCGGCUACUCGCAGAUACACCAACUGACACUAUGGGCGACGAACAUUUCCGCCUGAUGGGUCGCUUCCAGAGCUACGGUCAUGCUGCACCUGAUACGUUCGAGGUGAUAGCUCUCGAAGCAUUCGAGCAGCGACUGGCACUUUCUCGCAAAUACGGCACUUGGUUCGCCGAGCAAGUUUCUCCAGGCUGGCAGCGUGGAAGUCCACGGAAAUGUUACCUGGAGCGCUGGAACGGCACUUACGAUCGCCUCGUCUGGAGCUUCGGAAUUCAAGGUCAUCAUCGUGCUGAUCAGAUCUGGCACCUCAUGAAAGAACGCCUUCCGCGCGAAAAUGAAGAUAUUACGCGCGAGUUUCCGCAAGACAUCACCGACAUAGAGCCCGCACUACGCCCAGAGACCAUAGCGGUCCGUUCAUGGACCUUUCCUUACCACGGCUUGUUUUUCUCUAUCUACGAAGACCGGCGUGGGAAUUUCUUUCUAUGUCACGCCAAAAGCCAUGACAUCCCUGCCAUAGUUCGCCCACGACUAGCUACACUAUGGAAUGCGACGCUCGACCGACUUCAGCCGUAUGCUGAGCGUUUACGUUGUCUUGCAGAGUUUGAGUGGCUCUGGUACUGGACCAACCCUUUCGUGCGCGGUGGUGCCACCACUGGUGGAGUGCUCUCGGUUUUCUUGCAAAGGUCCCUCCUUAGCGAAGGGUUGCACAUCAACGUCCCUGAUCAUUUUGUGAUGCAGGAUUUGUACGCUCUUAGCAGCGAUUGGCGCUUCUAUGUCUGUGAACGGGUCGCCAAGUUGUCGUCUAAAGGGAAGCACGCCAGUAUUACCGUUGACGAGCGUUCAGCCUUGAGCGUAGUUACGUUAUGA